CCCCAGGCAAAAAAGGCUCGAGAGGACUCCUGCAGCUUGAUGGCAUCCCUUAUGACCAGUUGUCCACAAGCGGAUUCAGAGACUGCCGCUACGAUGGGCACUGACUGUCUUAGGCCAGAGCUCCGUUCGGACACCUCAACAAAUGGAGCUGCGGAACAUGGUCCGCUCAGACUCAAUCUCCCCCGCUUCCCACGGGAAGUGGGUGAAGUUCUGCCAAAGGUUGACCCAAAAAACGCCCUGGAGUAUGUACCCAGUCACAAGAGGAUCUGGUUAAUUCUCUCUGGGAAUACCAUAAAAACGUUGCGAAGUUUUCUGCAAGCGAUCACAUUUGGCCUUCAGGAAACCCAACUAAGUUGCCGCCCCUGCCAGCAGAAUGCCCCCCGACAUAAGAGUGAGCCUAACAACAAAACUUUUCGACAAGCUUCCUUGAAACCUGCCUCUGUGGCUCCUCCAAUCACCAAAGUGAGGUUUCACGCCCCAGAAAAGAGAGUCCAUCCACCUAAGACAACUAAAUUGAAGAGUAGUGGACGGGAGUGUAGGGUACAUCAACAAAGUAUCCGCCCAUUGAUACAUCGGUGUCACAAGCACAUGAAGGAAACUUCCACACUACCAAUGGCCAUUGGUCCUCAAAUAACCAAACUGGAUGUUAAAGCCAAACAGCAGAAUGCCCCACCACCUAUCUACAAGAAUGCUAGGGGAACUCAGCAACUUCCAUUUCAAACUAUCAUCUUGGACUUUGACAAAUCCAAAGAGAAACGCCCCAUCCAACAGCAGAGUACACACCCACCAAGGACACAAACUCACAAAACCAACCAUGAGUGUAGUUCAUAUGAGAAGAAUAUCCAUCUAACAAUCCACAGUGAUGCAAGACAAACUAGUCAAGAUCUAUCACAAUCCAUUCCCUUGGGCCCUUAUAAAACACAAGUGCAGACCAGGCCCCAUCAGCAGAAGAAAAACAACCUGGAAUGCAGACACAAUCAACACCGUGUCCGUCCACCAAACCGCAAAGAUUGCAAACACGGUCAUCAAGAAAUCUCAAAGGGCCUUAAGAUAACCCAACUGGAAUGUCCAAACAGACAGACUGUGCACCCAAUCCGCAGGUGUGACAAAGACAUUCAACAAGCUGUUGUACAACCCAUCACCUUGGUCCCUGAUAUAUCCCAAUUGCAGUGUAGCUCUCAUCAGCAUGGUCCUCACCAACCAAUUGACAAGCCCACUAAAGUUACUAAGGAAGAUAUCCCUGAUCCUAUCUCCACGGGCCUUCGGAUAACCGAAGUCAAGUGCCACGCAGAUCAGCCAUUUGUCCACACGUCAGGACAAAAGGAUACUUGUGACACAUUCUCUCACAUCACCCGGGUGGAAUUUUGCCCUAAUCUGAAGAAUAGUAAUAAAGUCCACACGAGUAUGAGACACACUUGGCCAGUUGACCCAAAACCCAUUUCUUUGUGCCUUCAGAUAACCCCACUCUAGUGUGGUGUGCAGCAAAACAUCAAGGUUUUGUGCAAAGGUUAAAUCUGGUUCCCAACAACAACCACUGGACUUUACUCAGACAAGAGGUUUGCCAGAGAGCUCUUCUUGGAGCUCUGAUGGCUGCACUUCAAUGGGAUUGUUGUUGAUCAAGGGCCAUAUCGGUUUUGAAAUCUGUCUCUGGAUAGGAACAGGCAGUAAAAGAGGUACAAAUCCCUCAUUAGCACUGUCCCAAUUUCUUCUACAGUACUGUAUCUUCAAAUGACAGGUAAACAGACGCUUGAAGGAGCUGGGCUUAAAGAUCCAUUAAGCUGUAAUCACUUUGCAGAGGCUACUCCCAGACUCAAACUGCAACAGCUU